AAACUUUUCAAUUAUUAUAAUUUUAUCACAUUUUAAUUGCGCUGAAACAUGGUCUGUAAAAAAUGUGAAAAAAAAUUAGGAAAAGUAAUCUGUCCUGACAAAUGGAAAGAUGGAUCAAGAAAUACAGCAGUCGGAACUGACAGAAAACUACACGAAAACAAGUUGUUAAGUAAACCCGGAAAGAAUCGAUUUAAACCAUACGAAAACAAAUGUAAAAUUUGCAAAUCUCGAGUACAUCAAGAGCAUUCACAUUAUUGUCAAGGAUGUGCUUAUAAACAAGGAAUUUGUGCUAUGUGCGGUAAACAAAUUCUUGAUACUUCAAUGUACAAGCAAAGUUCCAAAUAAAUUAUAGUUUACCAGUUAUGGCAUGUAUUGGAACUCCUUCAUAUAUUGACCAUCAGUUAAUAUAAGUUCAGGAGGAGGUUGGUUAUAAUAUGAAAUCUAGUUAUUAAUUAGAAUUCACGAUAGUUGAGAAUUACCCGUUACCAGAUCACUUUGUUAUUAUCAAUGAUAAAUGCAAUUCUCCUUUUUUCAAUCUUUUGCUAAAUUCAAUUCAGAUAUUAAUUUUAUAUAAUAUCGUCAUAUGUGUAUUGCUUGAAUCUUAUCUAGAAUAAAUUUCUUUUUUUUUCUCGCUUUUUUUUUUUUUAAAAAAAAAAUUGUUCUAAU